AUGAGGAUGAUACGAGCUUCGAUCCUGUUUUUAUUCAUGGUUUUUACUUCUGCUCAAAGAGAAAAGAAGUUCCACAAACCAGUGCUGGACACACGCAAUGAAGCAGCAGAGCGGGCGAGCAGAGGCUGUACCAACCUCACUGUGGUUCUGGACAACUGGAAAUACGCCAUCGUGACCCAAGUGAAAGAUCUGCUCCUCAAUGACCACCGCACUGUUCUGCCGGAUUACGGACGUAUCCAGCCUCUUUCAGACGCUCUGGGAGACUUGUACAAAGAGUUCAACGCCCUCAAAGAUCGUCUGUCUGAUCUCACCUCAAAGUUUCAUUCUGUGGAGGGUUUCGUGGACGAGUUGAGGAGUGGUCGCAAGCCUUCCACUUCCCCCAGAGGAGACCCACCAGCCCCGGGAGGCGAGGCUGGAGGAGAGGCCCAGUCCCCAGGCAUCGACUCAGGCUUCAGACGAGGCCGGAGGACCAGGGUGGUGGUGCGCAGAGUCCAGAGACCAGUGAGCAGUGAACCAGGGAGAGUUUGA